UCUCUUCUCCUUCUCUUGCAUCCGCUCUUCUUAUCCCUCGCCCAACCUACGCUUUUCUCUUUCCUACCAAAUUCUACUCUCCUUGCCGACAGAUCGGCUUUGAUUCGAUCCAAAAGAAAAAAGGAAAAAAGAGCUGCGAAGAAGAGAUCGGCGAUGGGGGGCGGUAAUGGCCAGAAGUCGAAGGCAGCCCGCGAGAAGAACAUGGAGAAGAAUAAGCCUACCAAGGGGAGUCAGCUGGAAUCGAACAAAAAGUCUAUGACCAUCCAGUGCAAGGUAUGCAUGCAGACUUUUAUGUGUACUACGUCAGAAGUCAAGUGUAGAGAGCACGCUGAAGCAAAGCAUCCCAAGAAUGAUAUCUAUCAGUGCUUCCCCCACCUUAAGCAGUAGUAAUGCAAGACUCAAAGUAAACAAAAGAAAUUCAAAUUAGUUAUGGGAGAAAAAAUAUUGAUGGUAUGGGUAAUAUGGCUAUAAUUUGGUCUACUUGUAUGCCUGUCAACUUGAUGUUAAAUUCACGUCUCUUAAGUGUGUCGAACUGUUUAAGAAAAUGAACAUGCUUCUGGCAAUGGUUCCUGUUA